UCGGCCUUCCUCCUUCCGACCUGAAGGCUGCUUCCCAAGCGCGGGACGCCGCUGACGUCUGUUAUUCGGAUUUCGCUGCGCCGUUUUGGUUCGGGAGCCCGUUGGCGUCGGCGACGGUGACGAGAAGCCCCGAGACAAGUUGCUGUGGGAGAAGAAAACUUUUCAUCUGCAUUUUUAUGUUCAGUGCCUGGGUCUCUGCAAACUAAACUGACAGCAGAUUAACAGGAGAAAAAGGAUUAUUUCAUAUGCAAAUGGUGGGCAUCACAGAAAUGAAAUGAAAACUCCAAAGAAGCAGUUUGUCCUGAGAGCAUAUAUACCAUUUAAACAAAGAGCCGUAAAUUGUGAAAAUGUGCCAAGAUGAAGGAAAAAGGAGUUUGAAUUUCUGAAGGCAGUAGAUUGGGGGAAGAGUUAAUUGAGAGUUGGAGGCAAACUUGCUGAAGAUGAAGAAUAUGCAAUAUUAGAGGAGAUUUUUUUCUUUUUCCUUUGAAAAGUCUCAUUUGUUUGGUGGCUUGCCUCUAGUUACCAUUUUUUUCAGUUGAAUCUCUUUGCUUCAUCAGAAAUGAUUUUUACAAUCUCAAGAAAAAAUAUGUCCCAGAAAUUGAGUUUACUGUUGCUUAUAUUUGGACUCAUUUGGGGAUUGAUGUUACUGCAUUAUACAUUUCAACAACCAAGACAUCAAAGCAGUGUCAAGUUACGUGAACAAAUACUAGAUUUAAGCAAAAGAUAUGUUAAAGCUCUAGCAGAGGAAAAUAAGAACACAGUGGAUGUCGAGAAUGGCGCUUCUAUGGCAGGAUAUGCGGAUCUGAAAAGAACAAUUGCUGUCCUUUUGGAUGACAUUUUACAACGUUUGGUAAAGCUGGAGAACAAAGUUGACUAUAUUGUUGUGAACGGCUCAGCAACCAACACUACCAAUGGUACUAGUGGGAGUCUGGUGCCGGUGACGACAAAUAAAAGGAUAAAUGCAUCCGGCAGCAUUAGAUAGCAGUUGAAGAUCACCUUGUGCUGCUACAUUAACCAUGGAAUAUAUUCUAAUGGCAGAAAAGCUUUUCAGUUGCUGGCUAGGAUAGAGUAAUACUUUACAAUAAAAGCUCUAUGCAUUUUCAAGGAAUAUGCUGGAGUCAUGGAACUCUGAUUCUGUAUAUAAAUUUUAAAAUAUAUUACUUUGCUUUCAGGCACAUCUCUUCAAUGCUGUACUAUAUCCUUAAAGGGAAUUUGGGAACAUGGUUGAUGUAGUGAGCAGGUAGGUGAUCUUUGUAUAAAUCUGUGUUUGAGAUCAAUCUGAAACAAUAACACUGAAAGACAUAGGUUCAUUUCUAUAAAAUAUUUAUUUAAAUAUAUAACAUAUUUUUCAGAUAGGUGAAGAAUAUUGUUAUUGAAUCAUUCUGUCAUUUGUUCUCAAUAGGUGUGACUGUUGGACUAAUGCUAUUAGAAAAUGUGCUUAUUUCCAUUAUUCAGAUAAUGAACAUAGAAAGGAAAUAUAAUGUUGAAAAUAAUGUUUUGAAGACAUGACCCAAAGAAUGUGUUCAUUUGCACUAUUCCUUUAGAAGAUCUGGAGGUUAAUUAUUGUAUAUUUAAAAAAAUUACAUUUGUAAGAGUAUAAUCUUGAAAUGGGUAGUAGCCACUGUCCGUAACCUAAACAUUGGGACAAUUAAAUAACAUUAAAAGAGUAAUCUCUAAGCUCAUAUAUAGCAUUUUCUUGUAUACUUAUGUUCUGAAGAAUAAAGGAUAUUUUUAUGAUAUUAAAUAAAUAUUAAUUCAUGAUUGUUCAUAUACAUGAAUGUUAAUUUAAAAGUGUAACCCUUUGAGUGAUUAUGCUGUCAAGAAAGCACAUUAUUUCCAUAUUUGGGUAAUUUUUACUUCUCUUAUGUUGACAAGAGAGUGGGAAACUGAGAUAUUUGUGAGACUAGGACUUUUAAGGACUUUAGCCAGAUGUAUAUAAUAAAGGUAUUUGUGUUACAUUAAAUUGCUUGGAAAAUGUUAACAUUAUACUAUGUAGAGUAUCCUGCUUUAUGAAAUUUUGAAUUUGUAUAACAGAUACACUAGAUAUUCAUUUUAUAUAAUGACCACUUAAAAAUAAGAACAUUUAAAAUGUAAUUUAAAUUAUAAAGAUGGACUAUCUUUUCAGGAAAACAGCUAUUGUAUAUAGCACAAGAGAUCCUAAUCUUGGAUUAUUCUAAUAAUAGAGCAAAGUACACCUUUAUUUAAAUUUCCCUUGUAGCAAAUUUAAUUGCCAUAAGGUGCCCUAUGUUUCAUAGUAUUUAUUCUGCUAGCUUCUGCAGUUAGACUGUGUUGAAUUUAGUUUUGGUUAUUGUUCAUUAUUAUGGUAUGCUGCCACAAGUAGUAGCAGUUAUUAUCAUGUUUUAUAAAAGUAAGUAUGAGAAAAUAUUGGUUCAUGAAAGCUAGCUUUCCAAACUCUUCCCUGUACCUUAUCUCUUAAAGAAAUUAUUUACAUACCCUUCCCAGGUGAAGUUUGGAAUAAUUGUUCAGUCUGUCUUAUUAGAUGUGGACAUUUUGGUAUUUGUUUUCAGGGAUGAAAUAAAAUAUACUAUUUGUACCUUAAA